AAAUCCACCCGACCCUUAAAAAACGGGUUAGGGUCUACAUAUCUCAACCUGCAACCCAUAGAUAACCCGUAUUAUCAACCCGUACGGGUCACGGGUCGGGUUAGAGUCAACUCGCGGGUUGACGGGUUGACCCGUUUGUUUUAUUUUUUAUUAUUAUUUUUAAAUAUUAUACUUAUCAUCCUUAAUUAAUUUUCCUAUUGAUAACUCCUUCCAUUAAUUCAUACUCCCUAAUUUCUAGAGAAAGAAGAAGAAAUUAUGAUAAAUUUGAUCUAAUUACCCAAAAGCUUUUGGAUUCAAUUCUACCGUGAUCAGCAACUGGCUCACUGCCAUUAGUAAUAGCAGAAGCUUUAGAUUCAACAUAGCCAUGAUCAACUGCAAGCGUGCUGGGUUCGAAGGAACCCACGCCUGGGUUCCAUCGAACCUAACACUUGGGUUCCAAGGAACCCAGGCGUGGGUUCCAUCGAACCCAAGCGUGGGUUUCGCUUGGGUUCCAUCGAACCCAACGCUUAGGUUCCAUCGAACCCAAGCAUGGGAUCCGCUUGGGUUCCAAAGAACCUACGCUUGGGUUUCAAGGAACCCAACGCUUACUGGGUUUGAUGCUGUUGGCAACAAGCCUCUUGUUGCUGAAAGUGCUCCCAACUCCGGCCACCCCUUGCACUUUCAGCAACAAGGGACAGGUUGCUGAAAGUGUCCCUCUUUUUGAUCACCUCUUGCACUUUCAGCAACAAGCCUCUUGUUGUUGAAAGUGCUCCCAACUCCGGCCACCCCUUGCACUUUCAG